AUGUCACUUCAAAAGCCCCCUAACUCGAUCAAAAUUAUCGCGGGCAACUCGCAUCCAAAGUUCGCAGAGCAGAUAGCAGGCUACCUGAACUUGCAAAUCGCAGACAUCCACGCGAUCGAUUUCACGAACCAGGAGAGUGCGGUGCUGGUGAAGGAAAGUAUCCGGGAUGAAGACGUUUACAUCAUCCAGACCGGAUGUGGAGGCCCGGAGAAACUGAACGACCAUCUAAUGGAGCUCCUCUUUAUGAUCCACGCGUGCAAGGCGGCGUCGGCUCGGAGAAUCACCGCAGUCGUUCCGAAUUUCCCCUACGCGAGACAAGACAGGAAAGACAAAAGCAGGGUGGCCAUAUCGGCGAAGCUGGUGGCGAACCUGCUGGUAACUGCUGGCUGUCAUCACGUUAUUACGAUGGACCUGCAUGCGUCGCAGAUCCAAGGUUUUUUCAACAUUCCUGUCGACAAUUUAUAUGCGGAACCCGAGGUGCUCAAAUACGUCAAACUGAAGCUCGGGACUGCAGACAUAAUAAUGGUUUCGCCCGAUGCCGGUGGGGCAAAGAGAGUUGCGUCAUUGGCUGACAAGCUGGACACGCCGUUUGCAUUGAUUCACAAGGAGCGGGCGAAGGCCAACGAGGUGAGCCGCAUGGUGCUUGUGGGAGACGUGAAGGGCAAAGUGUGUGUUUUGGUUGACGACAUGGCCGACACAUGCGGCACGUUGUGCAAGGCAUCAGAUCUGCUGCUCGAAAGGGGGGCCAGAUCUGUCAUUGCCAUAGUGACACACGGCAUCUUUAGUGGUCAGGCCCUGGCGAGAAUCAGCCAAGGCUCGCUGGAGAAGAUCGUCUGUACGAACUCAAUGCCGCUGUCCAACAUGGCAGAAGCAUGCGGAAAGCUGGAAAUCAUUGACAUAAGCCCGACGCUGGCCGAGGCCAUCAGACGCCUUCACAAUGGAGAGUCUGUGUCCUACCUGUUUAACAAUCCUGUUUGA